CCUUUUUUUUCACUCCCAAGAUUUUGCAAGGAUUUGUGAAAUGGAAGAAAAAGAUGAGCUUUCACAAAUUGAAAAAGUAGAAGAUGGUAAAGAUGAAGGUGUUGAAGAAGAGGGGUUGAAAAUGGAAGGAAUGGCAUCACUAGCUUUGUUACCAAACGGGUCGAUUUCGGGUCAUUUUGUUCAUCUUCCGGAUUCUGUUUGUUAUGGCAUUCAUGGCACUGAGAUUGCAUGUGAAAGGGAAUGUAGCAGGGGUGAGGACUAUCGGUUGGUUAAAUUGACUAUAAUAGAUUUCAAUAGCAAGAAAGAACGAGAUAUUGUGGUUGAAAGAAGAGGCCAUGAUGCUGCACGGCUAUGUAAUGUGGAACAUGCUCAUGGAUGGGAGAAGGAUGUUGUUACUUUGGUUGACCAGAAACACCGGAAGAGCAAGAUUGUGAUUUCUUUUGAGUGUGAAACGCUUAAAGCAGAUGAGACAGCAGAAGAGCAUAUUAAGCGGUUUAUGCCUAAUUUAACUGGCAUGGAUGCUGUUGUUAAUAUUGGCAAGAUGAGUAUUAUAGGCUUGGACUUCAAAGCAGAAGUGGGAUGCACAGAGCAAACUUCCUGACUCAGAAUCUAAUGAAAAUUUUAAAAGCAAAUCUUCGGUUACGCUUGCAAGCAUGUGAGAACUCGUUUAAUUUGACUCUGCUUAGGAAGUAGUAAGUUUCAAACCCAAAUAGGAUGUGAUCAUAUGAAUAUACAUCAAAAAGUGGCUUUCUUACUGACUUAAUAUGUUGAUUGAAUGCAUA